CAACUGUUUUCUUAAGUAAUAGUACUAAUGAUACUGAAAAUUUGGAUGCACCUGAAGUAGUUCUAAUUGCUGAAGAAAAUUAUCAAAGAAUAAUCACUGAUCUAGCUAACACAAAGAGAAAGAAUCUAAAGAUAUAA